AUGAUCAAUAGUUUCUACCAUUUCUUCUAUAACAUCAAACCAUAUUCAAGGACACUUAACUCAAUACUUGAAAAAAAUAAGAUCAUGAAUUAUUUGUUAUUCAUUUCGUGUCUAUUUGCUGUCUGUUUGGCUGCUACUUAUGGUCAAUUCUUUUUUCCAACAACUGGCCGAACAACUGCUCGUCAUACGGGAACAACUGGUCGUCCAACUGGUACAACUCCAAGUAGUGCAUUAUCAUGCGUUUGUUCAUGCUGUUCUGGUUUCCGUUGUAAACCAAUGUUUCUUCAAUCAUUCAUUGAUACAACAUGCACAACAAAAGCAUGCAAAGACAAAUGCAAAGUAUUCGAACCAAAACAUUGCGAUCAUACACUUAUGGGUAGCAAUGAUGCUUAUUGUACUGUUCUACACUAA